GAAUGGUACCGAGGUCAGCACUAGCUACAUGCAUUCUUUAGUUGACAUAAGGUCAAUUAAGAAGAAGAAUUGGGCGACUGCCGGAUAUCGAUAUCUAAUGAGCUCUCUACACCGGUACAAGACGAAGAACACCAAAAAUGUCUCCGGUUGCACGAUAUUUUUACAGCUUGUAUAUUUGACGCACGUAGACUGGACUGCUACUCACGUGGACCGAACUGUGGCUCCAAUUGACUUUUGGACCACAAAACACUGCAAGUCAGUGUACAAGUGGAUUCGAGACCAGGGUGGUCACACAAGUGGAAAGGUGAAGUUGACUAACACGUAUGUGUUACUGCCAAGUUUUGAAUCCGCAUUGAGCUUGGGCAACCCACAAAUGACGCAAUAUACAAAGCCGUGUGUGAGUUGA